GAACGGCCAGACGCCGCGCGGGGCGGGGAUUGGCCGGUGAGUUCGUACUUGAGCUCCUCGCAGUUCGCCGCGUCUCCCUCGCGGACCACCUGCUGGUUUCGCCGGCGCUGAGGUUUCUUGCGGCGCGCCCUCCAGCUUCCCGCUCUGCAGGGCUGACAAAAGGGCUGGGUCGUCCCGUCUCCGGCCCGGGACAGCACCCCGCGUCGCGCCGCUAAGGCGUCGCAGGGCGAGAUGAGCGCGGACGCGGCGGCCGGGGCGCCCCUGCCCCGGCUCUGCUGCCUGGAGAAGGGUCCGAACGGCUACGGCUUCCACCUGCACGGGGAGAAGGGCAAGGUGGGCCAGUUCAUCCGGCUGGUGGAGCCCGGCUCGCCGGCUGAGAAGGCGGGGUUGCUGGCGGGAGACCGGUUGGUGGAGGUGAACGGCGAGAAUGUGGAGAAGGAGACCCACCAGCAGGUGGUGAGCCGCAUCCGCGCCUCGCUCAAUGCCGUACGUCUGCUGGUGGUCGACCCCGACACGGACGAGCGGCUGCAGAAGCUGGGCGUCCAGAUCCGAGAGGAGCUGAUCCGCCCCCAGGAAGGGCCCGGGCAGGCCGAGCCGCCGGCCACCGCCGAGGAGCAAGGGUCUGGCAGCGAAAAUGAGGCUCAGGCCGCCGUACCGGAACCCCGGGAGUCCGAGAAGAGCCAUCCCGAGCGCCGUGAGCUGCGGCCCCGGCUCUGCACCAUGAAGAGGGGUCCCAACGGCUACGGCUUCAACCUGCACAGCGACAAGUCCAAGCCAGGCCAGUUCAUCCGGUCGGUGGACCCAGACUCGCCUGCCGAGGCCUCGGGGCUCCAGGCCCAGGACCGCAUCGUGGAGGUGAAUGGAGUCUGCAUGGAGGGCAAGCAGCACGGCGACGUGGUGGCUGCCAUCAAGGCCGGCGGGGACGAGACCAAGCUGCUGGUGGUGGACAAGGAGACCGACGAGUUCUUCAAGAAAUGCAAAGUGAUUCCAUCUCACGAGCACCUGAAUGGUCCCUUGCCCGAGCCCUUUACCAACGGGGAGAUCCAGAAGGAGAACAGCGGUGAAGCCCCGGCCAAGGCGGCCUCCGAGAACCCGCGGCCAGUCCUCGCGAGAUCCGCCUCCAGCGACACCAGCGAGGAGCUGAAUUCCCAAGACAGCCCCAGGAAGCAGGACCCCGCGGCACCCUCGUCUACCUCCUCCUCCGACCCCAUCCCGGACUUCAACAUCUCCCUGGCCGUGGCCAAAGAGAGGGCCCACCGGAAGCGCGGCAACAAGCGGGCCCCGAAGAUGGACUGGAGCAAGAAAAACGAACUCUUCAGCAACCUCUGAGCACCUCCCCCGGCCGCCCGGGAAGCCGGGAAGGCUGGGCCCACGCCCCGACCUAACUCCCUCUCCCCUCCCCCCACUCACCCCCCAAUGACAAACCAAUCAGCACCAGCGGCUCCCCUCCUGGCAGACCUGAUUCUUCUAGAGAACCGUGUUACUCCCUUACCUCCAAGAGAGUGAAUGUCUUCCUGUCCUGACCCCAAUCAAAAAGGCAGGCUCCGUCCCCUCCUCUUCCUCCCUGAGUGCCUCAGCCCACCGGGCGUCCCCUUGCCACCGCGCCUGGGGCAUCGCCGGGGCCUGCGCCAAGCAAGGAUCGAGGGACUACGCGAGAGGUCGUGUGCGCCCAAGUGCCGCCCGGGGCCAGGGUCGAUCUGGGACUGGCACUGCAGCGGCCGCAUCACCCCGAGGGCUGUGGGUUGGGCAUUUUCUUUUCGUUCGUUUGAUUUUAAGAGCGUGGUAUCGCAGCGUGUAGAGGGUUUUUUUUGUCUCCCGAUUAACGUGAUUUUCCAGGCUGCUGCACCCGAGCCGGGCAGCAGCCUUGGGCUUCAACUCCUGUUUCUACUCUCAGCGCAGAAACCGCGGCAGGUGGGGGGCGGUCUGGCCGCCCCCUGCCCCGCCCUGAGCCAGACACACCACCAUUGUAAGAAAACUCCAUCAGAAAUCCAACUGGUUUCUCCAAACCA